UAUGUAAAGAACUCAAAAAAUAACUCUCUCCAAAACAAACAACCCACUAAAAAAGUGGGCAAAAGAAUUGUAUAGACACUUUUUAAACCCUUUUAAAAGGAAAAAGGAAGAACAGAAGGUAUAAAAGAAUGACAGAAACUCAAAAUUACUUUGUGAACUACAUAAAGUAAAAGGUGUAUUCAGGAUGAGGAAAUCCGAGAGAGGAACCGAGACGGAAUUCAGGGUCACCAUGGAGACCCCGCGCUCACAGGGAGCCCACAUCACCUUCCUCUCCCGUCACAAGUGCCUGACCUGACGUCGUCAUGAGGGAGGAACGGGCAUCGCUGAGCCGAGAGGCGUCCUGCAAAGCGUCCGACAUCCGUUCUUUGAAAACAGCAAUGAAAUGAGGAAACAGAAAACGAAGAUCACUAUGUACAGAUCGCUUCUGGAUUAAAGAAGACUAAAUCCUGGUGACAACUGAAGGCAAUUAACAAUCAUUAAUUUAAUCCUGAAUUGGUGAAAUUAAAUACCGCGGAGCUAAUUUGGAGAAUUUGAAGAUGGGCUGCAUGUGAAGUAAAGGUUUUAGCUGGAAGAGAUUGCAGUGAAUAUUGUGUUUUCUCGAGAAGGUGUCCUUGUUUCUCAGAGACAAGACGAUUAUGCGUUUAGGGAAUAAAGAGAAGGCAAAUGUUGAAAGUAUUAAAAAUCAAUGAACUGCGGUAAAGAGUAUAUGGAUAUUCACGGGUGAUCUUUUAAGACACGAAUAAUUAACAUGUAGAAAAGGGAAAAGUCACAGAAGUAUGAUUAUCCACCGGCCCCAACAUAACUUAAAUCCCACGUAACCCUUUUUCUACAGGCGGAAGGAGAGUAGGAGCCUCCAGGGGACAAUAAAAGCCCCUGGGCUCGCAGCACAGCGGACAGUGAAUGCCUCUCUUGGAAUGAGCAGCUAAGAAAGAAACUUUGACACGGAACAUAGAAACACCUUGUCCACAGAAAAAUUCAACCCAUCUCCACUUUUACUCAAAGUUGUAUGUGGAGAAAAAUAGAGAGAAGCUGCAACGACUGCCCCAGAUUAUGUGCUUUAUGAGGCAAAACAUAGCAACACAAAUAUUUAAAUUGCUCCCACCCUUUACAACCUCAAGUGCUGUAUUUCAUAUAAAGGCCACAAAAUGAAUAUUGUUUCUGAUGCAAUUGGCUGUACCUUGAGGACUCCUGCUUAGAGAAAUCAGGAAUGGAGCCACUGGAGAAACCAAAAGCACCUGCUAAGAAAGGAAUCUUUGAAAAGAUAAAGCUUUACCUUCUGAAGAAGCCACUGCCGUCUCCCACUGACCGAAGGAAGUUCAACCAUGACUUUGCCAUCUCCACCUCCUUUCAUGGGGUUCACAAUAUUGUUCGGAAGCAGAGCAACGUCCGGAAGGUAAUCUGGCUGGCUGUGAUGCUGGGCUCAGUCUCGAUCCUGGCGUGGCAGAUCUACAGUCGCUUGGUGAACUAUUUCACAUGGCCCACUACCACUUCGAUAGAGGUGCAGUACGUGGAAAAGAUCGAGUUUCCGGCUGUGACAUUCUGCAAUUUGAACAGGUUCAAAACAGAUGCUGUGGCCAGAUUUGGCAUCAUUUAUUUCUUAUGGGAUCUCGUGUCCAAGGUUUUCCAUGCUCAGGAAAUCAGUGCCAAUUCUACUGACUCUCAACAGGCUAUUGAUUUCCUUUCAACCAACCAAAACUUCAGCAUUACAGAGUUUGUGAAGAACCAUGGUUUUUAUCUCAAUAGUAGCACCUUGUUGGCAUGUGAGUUUUUUGGAAUGCCAUGUGGCCCAGAGGAUUUUAAACACAUCUUCACUGAAUAUGGAAACUGUUUUACUUUUAAUCAUGGUGAAACUAUCCAAGGAAAGAAAAAAGUGAGUGUGUCUGGAAGAGGCUUAAACUUGGUCUUCAAUGUCCAUCAGGAGGAAUUUACUGACAGCUCGGCCCUUGGUUUUGCUGACGCGGGGAUCAUCUUUGAUAUCCAUUCGCCCAAGAGGGAGCCGCAGUUUGAUGGCUUGGGCUUGUCCUCGCCCGUAGGGAUGCACACGAGGGUGACGAUCCGCCAGCUGAAGACAGUUCACCAGGAAUACCCGUGGGGAGAGUGCAACCCUCAUAUCAGGCUGUGGAACUUCAGCAGCUACAGCACUUUCCGGUGCUUGAAGGAGUGCAAAGCCCGGCACAUAGAAAAGCAGUGUGGAUGCCUGCCUUUCAUGCUUCCAGGAGAUGGGAUAGAAUGUGACCUACUAAAAUACUACAGCUGUGUUUCACCUGUCCUUGACCACAUAGAAUUUAAGGAAUUGUGUACCAUGGGAACACAUAACUCCAGCUGUCCUGUGUCUUGUGAGGAAACGGAAUACCCCGCUACCAUUUCUUAUUCCACAUUUCCAAGACAUAACGCUUUGAAACUUCUCUCCAAGAAGCUGAAUCAAAGCCAAGAAUAUAUCAGAGAGAAUCUGCUGAACAUUGAAAUCAACUACAGUGACUUAAACUAUAAGAUAACCCAGCAGCAAAAAGCAGUCAGCGUGCCUGAGUUACUUGCUGAUGUCGGUGGCCAGCUGGGCCUAUUCUGUGGGGCCAGUAUGAUUACAGUUAUUGAAAUUAUUGAAUAUAUUUUCACCAAUUUCUACUGGAUUUGCAUUUUAUUUUUGCUGAAGAUACCUGAAGUGACCCAGUGGGCUCCUCCAUCUCAGAAUCAUUCUGGGAAUAAAAUCAGGAUAGAAGAGUGCUGA